GCGGUUUCGGUUGGCGGCGCGCGGGUGGGAGAUGCGCCGGCCGCCUGAGGCGCGGGCGCCGAGCGAGGGGCGGGGCUCGGAGGGCAGCUCGGGGCUGGGGCCGAGCGGCUGAGGCGCCGGGCGGUCAUGGGCUCGGCCAAGCCCUGGGGGGAAUGGUUCCUGAGCCUGCGGGUGCCGCCCGCCGGGGUCUUCGGGGUGGCCUUCCUCGCGCGGGUGGCCCUGGUUUUCUACGGGGUCUUCCAGGACCGGACGCUGCUCGUGCGCUACACGGACGUGGACUACCAGGUGUUCACGGACGCCGCGCGCUUCGUCGCGCAGGGGCGCUCCCCGUACCUGCGGGCCACCUACCGCUACACGCCGCUGCUGGGCUGGCUGCUCACGCCCAACGUGUACCUGUGUGAGCUCUUCGGGAAGUUUCUGUUCAUCAGCGGCGACCUCCUGGCCGCCUUCCUCCUCUACCGCCUGCUGCGCCUCCGGGGGCUGGGCCGGCGCCGCGCCUGCGGCUACUGCGUCUUCUGGCUUCUCAACCCCCUGCCCAUGGCUGUGUCCAGCCGCGGCAACGCCGACUCGCUGGUGGCGGCGCUGGUGCUGGCGGCGCUGUACCUGCUGGCGAGGAGGCAGGUGGCGUGCGCCGCAGUGGCCUACGGCGUCGCCGUGCACAUGAAGAUGUACCCGGUGACCUACGUCCUUCCCAUCGCCCUGCACCUGCUCCCGGAGCGCGGCGGCGGCGGCCACCCGGGCCCCCGCCCGCGCCGCUGCUCCUUCCGGACGCGCCUGUCCGAGCUCCUCGGGAGGCUGUGCAGCCGCGCGGUGCUGCUCUUCGUGGCGGUGGCCGGGCUCACGUUUUCCUCCCUGGGCGCCGGCUUUUACAGGAAAUACGGCUGGGAGUUUGUGGAGCACACCUACCUGUACCACCUGACGCGGCGGGACACGCGGCACAACUUCUCGCCCUACUUCUACAUGCUGUACCUGACCGCCGAGAGCCCGUGGAGCCCCUCCCUGGGCCUCGCCGCCUUCCUGCCGCAGUUCGUGUUGCUCUCGGCCGUGUCCUUCGCCUACUACAGGGACCUCGUCUUCUGUUGUUUCCUGCACACGGCCAUUUUCGUGACUUUUAACAAAGUCUGCACCUCCCAGUAUUUUCUCUGGUACCUCUGCCUGCUGCCCCUCGUGAUGCCGCUCGUGAGGAUCCCUCGGAAGCGGGCGGCGGCCCUCCUCAUGCUGUGGUUUGUAGGACAGGCCUUGUGGCUGGCGCCUGCCUACGUCCUGGAGUUCCAGGGGAAGAACACGUUUCUGUUUAUCUGGCUAGCCGGUUUGUUCUUCCUCCUUAUCAACUGUUCCAUCCUGAUUCAAAUAAUUUCCCAUUACAAGGAGGAACCCCCGGUGGAGAGAAUCAAAUACGACUGAUAGGACUCCAGUUCCUCUGCCACUUCUACUACAUUGUCAUUGUCCCGAACGGACCAGAAGAGAGCUUUGGGA